AUGCAAGACAUCUUACAUGCAAACUUUGUGGUUUGGAUCUCAUCAAGGUCGCACAAAGCAGCGGCGACGCGUCUUUCUGGCGGUGGAAGGGUCGCUUACAAGACAGAUGGAUGUGUGUGUGAUUCGGAGGUCGCGGUGCUAGCCUUGUGCGCGGGCAUUGUCUCGGAUCCUUCCAGGUCGGUGAGGGGGCAGCGUGCAAUGAGCCGUCGAAAGGGCGGUGGCCGUGUCGAUGAAGGCUCUAUUGGUGCCGCAGGAAGCGGUACGAACGACUGG